AUGGCGGACACCAAUGAUAGCAAACUUCCACAAUCAUUUACACGUGAAUCAAUUAAAGGCGAAUAUGGAAUUCAUAAUUCACUAGAAUAUACGACAAAUGACGUAAUAAAUGAAGAAAUACUGUUGCAACAAUUAGAAGAAGAAUUCGAAAUGGAAUUAAUGGCAACAUAUGUACAAACUGGCUACGCUCCUGGUGAAAUGGGAAAACCUGUAAUACUUAUGGAUAAUUUAAGUGAAAAUGUACAAAAAGUAGUUGAUGAAGGUUGGAAGAAUAAUGCCUUUAAUGAAUAUGUCAGUGAUUUAAUAUCAUUACACAGAUCGUUACCGGAUCCAAGAGAUCCGGAAUGUAGAAAACCUGAAAAGUAUUUAGAAGAUUUACCUACUACAUCCGUUAUAAUAUGUUUCCAUAAUGAAGCAUGGAGUACUCUGCUAAGAACUGUUCACUCUGUUUUGGAUCGAUCUCCAAAACAUCUCAUCCACGAAAUCAUACUUGUUGAUGAUUUCUCUGACUUUCCUCAUUUAAAACAACCAUUAGAAGAUUAUUGGUGGAGUUAUAAGAAGGUGAAAAUUAUUCGAGCUUCGAAACGUGAAGGAUUAAUACGAUCACGUAUAUUGGGAGCUCAAUAUUCCGCCGGCGAAGUACUAACAUUUUUGGAUUCACAUUGCGAAUGUACUUAUGGUUGGUUAGAACCAUUAUUGGAUCGUAUAGCCCGUAAUCAAACAACGGUUGUUUGCCCAGUAAUUGAUAGUAUUGAUGACAAAACAUUUGAAUAUAAAUAUUUCGAUGACGGCUAUCAAAAUGUUGGUGUAUUUGAUUGGAGAUUAAUGUUUCUAUGGAUACCAUUACCUCAACGGGAGAAACAGCGGCGGAAACAUGUUUCUGAUCCAAUAAGAACACCUGUUAUGGCCGGUGGUUUAUUUAGUAUUGAUCGUCAAUUUUUUGAAAAACUUGGAUCAUACGAUAGCGGUUUUGAAAUAUGGGGUGGAGAAAAUUUGGAAUUAUCAUUUAAAACAUGGAUGUGUGGUGGUACGUUAGAGAUCAUUCCAUGUUCACAUGUUGGGCACGUUUUUCGAAAACGUUCACCAUAUCAAUGGGGAAAUUCAAAUGACUCGAUUGUGGAAAGAAAUACCGGACGACUUGCUGAGGUUUGGCUGGACGAUUAUGCAAAAUAUUAUUAUAGAAAAAUUGGUAAUAAUAAAAAAGAUUAUGGUGAUGUAUCUGAAAGAAAAAAAUUACGCGAAGAGCUUGGUUGCAAAUCUUUUCAAUGGUAUCUUGAUAAUGUUUAUCCAGAAAUAAAUAUCCCGAUUUCAGUCGGACAGAUUGCUGGAAGUGCGUCUGCAAUGUGCCUCGAUGUACAAAUCAAUUCAGAAUAUGGCCCGGAGCCAGUUGGAAUAUAUCCAUGUCACGGUCUAGGUGGUAAUCAGUAUUGGGAGAUGAACCAACAUGGCGAAAUCAGACAUGACACCGAGCGUUUUUUCGGAUGUUUAGACUCCGAUGGUGAAACUGUUAUGCUUUACUGGUGCCAUGGAAUGAAAGGAAAUCAACAAUGGUCGUAUAGUGAAAGUACCAAACUUAUUCAACAUACAAUUACAGGGAAAUGUUUAGCGAUUCAUGAAAAUCAGAAAAACCUAACAAUGGAGCUAUGCAAUGAAAAUGAGCGCCUUAAAUGGUUUAUAGAAAAUUAUGAUGCACCUAGUAAAUUUAAAUAAUGAAAAAUGUAUAAUAGUAGUAGAAGUUGAGUAACAAUUAUUGUUGUCUUUUGUUUAUCCGAUUGCUCAGAAGGUGGGCUAUGUUUUUUAACUAUAUGCACAUUUUAUCUAUUUAAAACCCUUUUAAUGAAUUAAAUACUUAUACUCAAUGGUGUAGCAAGGAGUUCUAAAGAGGCA